UUUUGCCCCGGGGUGGUUGACAUUCAGGAGGAAGAGGGGGAAUGAUGUCAUUGUUUGUAAUCCGUUAUAGAAGGACAUGGCCGCAGCCUUCAUCCUUUCUCUAUCUAUCAUAACCCAACACCUAAAUGUUCAUUUUAGCUACCGCAACGAGAUAGCAACAGCUGAUUGCUGAAUCUCAUCAGGUAGGAUUAAGGAAACAGGAAGGAUAAUCUCCUUUUACGAUUGAAUGUCCAUCAAUGGGAAUGCCCAUCAGUCACUAAAAAAUGAGACAUGGACCGAAAACCUGGGGCAAGCACGAGGCUACGCUCAACCUGGAUUUUUGGCUUCAUCGUGCAUUCUGAAAGAACGCAGUGUGAAGGAGCAGAUGUGGUCCAGAAAUGAGGAGUAAACGAGGUCUCGACGAACAAACGCAGCGCUAAAGGAGAACGGGAGAGGGGGAGCAGUAGAAGUCAAGUAGUGUAAUAUUUCCUGAUUAUAAUGAUGGCAGCUAAAUCGGAUGGGGUCUUGAAAAUAAAGAGGAGCGAUGUGGCCUUUACCCCGCUGCAAAACUCCGAGCACUCCGGCUCAGUACAGGGGCUCCACCUGGGAGAACAGACCGACUCUGCAUGCGCCCUAGACGUGGAUUUUCCGAACGGGGAAUCACGGUACUGCGGCCGAGGAGGCUCCAACUCGACUUGCUUGCUGAGCACAGAACAGCAGAAAAACGUGAUAUGGGAUUGCUUGUGGGUCGUUGCUGCAGCGUGUGUUUAUCUGGCAGAUGUGGGAACCGACGUGUGGCUAUCAGUCGAUUACUAUCUUCGCCAUGAAUAUUGGUGGUUCGGGUUGACGCUUUUCUUCGUGGUGUUAGGUUCGUUUUCAGUGCAGCUGUUUAGCUUUAGGUGGUUCGUCACUGACUUCAGUACAGAGGACAACGUCGGUUGCCCCCAGAUGGACGGGAGUAAGCUACUGCUGAGCGGCUCGGCCUCGCAAGGCGAGGUUCCCAUUCAACACCACCCGGCCACACCGCAGAGACAGAUGUCUACUGCCAGCAAGAACACUGCUAAUAGCACCGGGAGCACAGCGAUGAGCAGAAAGAGCAGCAAGCGGUCGCCCUAUUACUCAUUUUGUGUGUGGUUAAGCCAGUCCCUAAUACACAUUCUCCAGCUGGGUCAAAUAUGGAGGUUUUUUCAUACCUUGUAUCUAGGAAUACGGAGUCAUCAGAGUUCUAAGACAGAACGUUGGCGUUACUACUGGAGGAUGGUGUAUGAAUUUGCUGAUAUGAGCAUGUUGCAUUUACUGGCAACCUUUCUGGAGAGUGCACCACAGUUGGUGUUGCAGCUGUGCAUCAUCAUACAAACACACAAUCUUCAGGCUGUUCAAGGUAUGACAGCAGCAGCCUCCCUUGUCUCUCUUGCAUGGGCCUUAGCCUCCUACCAAAAGGCUUUACGAGAGUCUCGGGAUGACAAAAAGCCUAUUGGCUACCUUGCAAUCAUCAUCCAGUUCUGCUGGCACUUCUUCACAAUUGCAGCCAGGGUCAUCACAUUUGCCCUCUUUGCCUCUGUGUUUCAACUCUACUUUGGCAUCUUCAUUGUCCUGCACUGGUGCAUCAUGACUUUCUGGAUUGUCCACUGUGAGACAGACUUCUGCAUCAGCAAAUGGGAGGAGAUUGUGUUUGACAUGGUGGUGGGCAUAAUCUACAUCUUCUCCUGGUUCAACGUCAAAGAGGGAUGUACAAGGUAUCGGCUCUUCAUCUAUUAUCUAGUGAUCCUGGUGGAGAACGCUACCCUCAGUGCAUUGUGGUAUCUUUACAGAACACCUAAAACCACUGAUGCCUUUGCAGUCCCAGCACUCUGUGUCAUUUUUAGCAGUUUCCUUACUGGUCUGGUUUUCAUGCUCAUGUACUAUGCUUUUUUCCAUCCCAAUGGUGCUCGCUUUGGACGCUCUGCGAGUAGCCAAGGGCUUGAUCUGGACCCAACUGCUCAGUUCUCUACACUACCUUUUGAUGGCGCAACUGGCUCACUGCGUUCCAACCGAGGAGCCACUACAACCUUAGAGCGUGAAACUGGAACGUAUUCUGAACGGGAUGGCUGUAUCCCAGUGUUUCAGGUCCGACACACAGUGCCAUCUACAUCCUCAUUGCGUGCUCCACGCCUAGAUGAGACUGUCAUCAAACUUGACCUUUGCAGGAAUCAGUACCCAGCCUGGGAACGUCAUGUCCUUGACCGCAGUAUACGCAAAGCGAUCUUGGGUAUAGACUGCUCCACGACUCCUCCUCGUCUGAUGUACAAGGAUGAUGCCAUGGUGCAUGAGCGACUGGAAUAUGAAACAACAUUGUAGCUUAAACCUGCUAUCAGAAUAGAAAUGCAGCAUCAAGCUGUUCUGUAAACAUCUAAAGGAUUUGUGGCUCUCCUUAGUCUAUUUUUCAUCCCUCAUAUCCCUUUUUUUAAUCCACUUCAGGAGCAUUGUGGCCUCUUCAAAGAAAAUUAUGGAACAAUUUGGCACAUUUGACUUGAUGUCUAUAGAUGUGGCCCAAUUCAGUCUGGUUUUAUUUUAUUCACUGGAGGAUUUCAGAACACAACAGGAGAAUAAAUUGAUACUAUUGGAAUUGAACAAACUCCUGGUGGUGAACAAUAAUGUACACCAUAAUAUAAAUGAUAUCAAGUCAUACAGGAAUAGCUCUAAGGUAAUGCAUUUUUAUGCAAACUUUAAACAACCUUCCUUUUUAAAAUGUUGUAUGUGUGCUUCUUGGAAGGAAUGAUGAAAUGAUCUAAGGGCAACUAAAGCAAAGUGGAAUCUUAUGGCACAACUCUGAGUUGGCAAGGAACACGAAGUUCCUUUAUGUUCCUAACCUUUAUGUUUAAGGUAAACUGGAUGAAGACAGCCGUCAAAGUAGCAUGUAUGUACAGUCCCUCCAGUUUUUAUAUUAUCAAAUUAGCCAAGCCUGGCUGGAUGAUACAGAAAGAAGCAAGCCAAAUGGAAUGAAAGGUAGAGAUACAUCAGCAAGUUGUUUUUUUUUACCACAUCAAACACACACAACCACCACCUCAAAUAAAAAACAUGGCAACUCAGCUCAAGUAUUUUUCUGAUGAACCAGGCUAUUUAGUGGAAAUAAUCGUUAUUCACCCUUAGAGAAUGUUGAUGGAGACCAAGAAAAAAGAACAGAAUGGAGAGACAGCAGAGGAUGGGAAGAGAACAUCACAAGAAAUGGGGAGCAGGAUGGAGAACAAGAGAAAAUGUUGGUGAGCUGCUAUCUUACCUAGCAUAUAAUAGACAAUGGGAAUUGUUCUUCUCCACUGCAAUAUAAAACCGAAUUGUAUAUUAGAGAAAAGGUACUGUAAAGAUUACGGUGUAGUUUAUUUAUUUUUUCGCUGAAGUGUGUUUGUUUUAACACCUAGUCUGUGUUUGUGUGUGUGAUUGCAGAAUGCAGAACAGCAGAGAGGAUCUGGUGGACUAGUUGUUCCAUGUCUGAAUUUGCUCAUUGCUGUCAUUUAGUGAUGCUUUACACAAAGCUAAGCCAACUAAUUGGAAUAACAAUCCUAUUUUUGUCUAUUUACCUAGCACAUAUUUGAUUAUUUUUACACAGUACCAUAACACAACACACAAGUCACCAUUAAAAACAAUUGAGAAAUAUCAAUCUACAAGUGUCACAGAACCAGUUAAUGUCUAGAAAUAACUUUCACUGGAAUGCAAGCAAGUAACUUAUGCAAAAACAGACCUUUUCAGCUACAGUAGCAAGGAGAUUUAUUUUCAAAACAAGAGUGAAGCAAAACAUUUUUUUACUCUACGUGUUGGCCUGGGAUUUUGUUAUAUUGGUGAACAAACUAUAGAGUACUGUGAAGAAUGUUUAUAUGAUUAAGUAUGAACAAUUUGCACAUUUGUUUGCAUAUUUUUCCUUUCCAUUUCAGUGCUCCAGUGUUUUUAUUACUGUAUACAACAGAUGGUUGAGAUGUUACAGACUGCCACAAAGGAUGAGCUCUAGGAUAAGCUUUCAGUUAACUGCAUCAUAUCUUAAGAGUAUUAACUCACCAACAAAAUCUCAGGUUUGUGUAACAUUUUAUGUCCACUGUUAAAAUACCACCUACUACUUGUAGGUUACCAAUAAAAAAGCAUGUCAAAUUUUGAUUUAAUGCAAAACAAAACAAGCAAUUUACACCAUUUGGUAUAUUUACAAGAGUGGUCAUUAAGGCAUAUUACUGUUUCUAUUUUAGUUCCCUAGAUUUAGACAGUUCAAACUUUGAUAAUAAUCAACAGUUGUAUAAGAUCUUUAAUAACAAAUAACUACAUGGGGCAAAAACGCGUGCUUCAUAAGCAAAGAGAACAAUACGAAACAUCUUUAAAAAUAUUUUUUAAAAUAGCUAAUCAGAUACCCUCACUACUUCAGCUUAUGUGGAGCAGCACCUCUGCUCUUAGCUCCCUCUGGAUGGUGUUGCUCCUCACCCUACCUUUAAGGUGGAGCCUGGACACCCUAUGAAAAAAGCUAAUUUCAGUCAUUUUUAUUCAGAAUCCUCUUUCAGUCAGUAUCCCUGUCUGGGAUUAGGCGAUAAAUCCAUAUUUGAAAAUAUUGAGAUUUAUGUCAAGUUUAAAAUGAUAAUGACUAUUGCCAGUAGUGAUACAUUUCCAAGUUUAUAUUUAUCCUUCUGCGUAUCAUUUACAGAAAGCUUAGUUUUUCCUAAUUCUCCUGUCAGAGACAUCAAGGCACUAAACAGAGCAUGUGGAGCAGAGUUGGUCUUCAGUUUUCUCAAGAAGGAUUAAGCAACAACCGGGUUAAUGAAUUUUUUCAUUAGGCUUCACAAAGACGAGUCCGCCUCUGAGCUCCCUCUAUCACAGGAGGAUAUGGCCAGGAGGGAGUUAUUCUAAAGAGCUGUGAGUUCACAAAAAAAACGCACUAUGCCUAAAACAAUAAUUGUGGAUGAACUGCUUUUAACUAGCCUCUUGUUAAAGCAAACGUUUCAAAUUAAAUUAUAUAUCUCACUUUCUCACUCUUCUCCAAUGGAAAGAUAUGUGAACCUUGUUUAUGCUUGUAAAUCCCAUGGCUGGCUGGUCACACAAAUCAUACGCCAUCACGUUACUCCUUUGACCCACGAAGCCGGCCUAAUCCUACAAAAGUCAUUAGGCUGAGCCUAAGAAUAGCUUGCUUGGCUAUUUAGGGGUGUAACACAGUCAGACUGACUUCUACCUCCCUUGCUGCAUUGAUCCAGCUCAUUUUGGCCCAGCUGUUUCUUCCUGUCUAUGAAGACUACAAACAGGAUCAGGGACAAAGUCAGACCCUGGUGGAGUCUAACCCACACUAGCAAACCUGACUUUAUGACAAGAGUAGCCCCUUUUCCUUUUGGUCGGCUUCACUCCAUUCAGCUCGUUUUGCGACCGUGUCCUUGCUGCACGCCUUCACUGCAUGUGAUAAAGUCAUGUAAGGACUAGCAUUAACAAAGUAACCAGUAAGCAAACACCAGCAUAAUGUUGAAGCGGAGCAGCCUUAAUUCUGUCCCUAUUGCACACAUUGUUUCGACUAUCAGUGUUGAAACAUUUUUUUUACUUGAACUUUGAUUAUCCUGAACCUUUCUUUACCCACCUAGGGAAUUUCUUUUGUGUGUCACCACUGCUGUAUAUCACCUGGACCAUUUAUGUAGGUUAGAUACAGUGAUGCUAAACAGCUCCUAAUCCUGCAAGAGUGCUGCUGCAAUCGGUGAACACAGAUCUUCACACUUCACAAGGGCAGACCAAAAUGCAUUUAAAAACAGAUUGUUUCAUGGAGGUUAUGACUAAGUACUGCUAUCACAAACUUGGUGGAAAUGUGCAGUUAAAAUGAAUUUUAAAUUAUCUGCAAUGACCCUGACUUUCUGUUUGUCUCAGAGGAAGUUUGUAAGUAUCUACAGAUUUUUCAUAUUGAAAGGCUGACGUGUCUCGUAGGAACAAAAGAGCAGCUGCUGUUGUAGCAGUUGUGAUUGCUUUAAAUUAUAUCUCAGAACAUAAAUACUGUAAAACAUUGUAUCUUUACUGGUUAAAAUCUCUAAGAAAUGCUUUGAUAGGUGCUUUUUCCCCUUUAAGAAGUAGAGAGUAGAAGUCCACCCUUCUUUUAAUUAAAUAUUUCCAAUAAGAUUGGCUGAUUUGAUCAAUGAAUUUGAAUUGAUACUCUGUAAAAUACGUUGAUAUUCCUCUUAUUUUUAAGGUUCUGUUUGUAAACCAAAAUACAAAACUGCAUCGAGGAGCCAUGAAAAAGCUUGGAAUAAAAAAGUAUAUUUUGUUUUAUUUUUAAAUUUAGAAUUAAUAUACUGAAAUUCACCAAGGCUGAAUGAAGUGGUUAAGAGGGUGAAUUAAUAAUAAGGAUGGACCCAGUCAACUGAGUUAGGUGCAGAAUGAUCUGACCUAGAUGUGUAGAGGUUAUGAAGGCUAGACAAAUCACAGUCUUUCUCUACAAAAAAUAUAUAAAUGAGGCUACCAGAAAAGAAAAUACUGACAGAUGAUUCUCUGAUUCUCAUUUCGCAGAGAAGAGAAGCAUUGCAACUAAAAUCCGGAGCAGUUAUUUCAGAGGGAAGGCAGUCCAUCAGCACUUCAUUUUGACAACAUAGAUUCAUUAUAAAAAUAAAUUCAUCUGCCUCAAAGUUACUACCACCAAUCAUUUGGGCCUGGGAUGCAGCAGACCUUGCAGUAAAAACAUUUAAACUUUGUAUCAAAAUUUCAGCAAUUUCUUAGUGAUUGAUCAGAACAUACAGUAUUUAGUAUCUAAAGAUUUAUUUCUCAGUAUAGUGAAGAUGCUACUGUCAUCUUAAGAUCUGAAUGUAACAGACCUCAACAUUUUAAUACCACAUAAUCUCCUAUAAUUUUACAGAGGAUUAUCAAUGGUGACCUGUCAAGGCCUUCAGGGUAUUCAGAGAACGCCCUGAGUGGCCCAAGAACCCGAAAUUGUAAUAACAAGUAUCAUACAUCGUACAUCCACUUCCGCUUAUGUAAGAUCCUAUUGUGGGGAUAACAUGUUCCAGAUGGACGCUCUGCAGCUCAUUCUGGGGAAUUCCAAAGCGUACAGAGUCCCUCCAGAGAGUUCUGGAUAUCACAGGGGUCUCCUCCCAGUGGGACAUACCUGAAAAACCUCCAAAGGGAGGCACCCAAAAGGCUCCUAACCCUGUUUCUAAAGGUCCAGCCACCCUACAUAGGAAGCUCAUUUUGGCCGCUUGUAUGCGGGAUCUCGUUGUUUUUGUUAAGAUCCAUAUUUCAUGACCAUAGGUGAGCAUCUGUUAUGAUUUGGGGUUUUUUCGUUUCUGGUUUUUUCUUAUGUUUUUCACAGUUAAGGUUUUGACUUGUUCUUUUGUUAUUUUCCUGGUUCAUGCUUUUGUU